CGGGGGCGUUCCGUGGUUGAGGGGCAGUUAUGACGGUGGCUUAGCAACAUUCUCUUGGCUGUCCUUUCAGUGGGCAGAGGGGAACUCUGCAGAAGAGCUGGCUCCUGAUUUUGCGCGGAGGAGGCCGCAUUCCCGAGAUUACGCCUGACUCGGAUAAGUGCCAGCCAAGUGACUGCCCGCUCUGGAGGCCUGGCCACAGCACCGGCUCCUGGAACUUCUGGAAGACCGCCUUCGAGCCUCCCAAGAGUUGUAAGAAGUUGGACGUAGAAUUGCUUCCAUGAUUGGCUUCCUAUACAAAUCUGUAGUUUCCUGAUUCUCCUUCACAUCCUAUAAUCAUGGACUUGCUCAUAUGACCUUUCAAGACCACAACACAUCAACUGGCCAUCUUCUCAGGAGAUUCACCAACAAAAGUAGAUUAUAGACCGGCUUGAAAAACACUCCCAUGGACUUGAUGUUGGCAGUUAAUGGCAUACUGUCUUACAGUGUUGUUUCAAUGUUUAAUACUGCUUAGUUCUCUUAACUUUUUCUUGGAAACUAGUCACACUGGAUAUGCUGCUCUUCUUUAUUUUGGGAUUGUUCGUACAUUUUGUGUUCUUCGGCUCCAUCUUCGAUAUUUAUUUUACCUCUCCUUUGGUUCAUGGAAUGACUCCUCAGUUUACGCCAUUGCCUCCUCCAGCAAAAAGAUUAGUACUGUUCGUUGCAGAUGGCCUGCGGGCAGAUGCACUUUAUGAAUUAGAGGAAAAUGGAGAUUCUAGAGCGCCAUUUAUUAGGAAUAUCAUAACGCAUGAAGGCAGCUGGGGCAUUUCUCACACCCGUGUGCCGACCGAAUCCCGGCCAGGUCACGUGGCCCUGCUCGCUGGGUUUUAUGAAGAUGUCAGUGCCGUUGCCAAAGGAUGGAAGGAAAAUCCUGUGGAAUUUGAUUCUCUUAUUAAUGAAAGCAAGUACACGUGGAGCUGGGGAAGCCCAGAUAUUUUGACUAUGUUUGCCAAAGGUGCUUCUGGAGACCAUGUUUUUACAUAUACCUAUGAUGCUGACAAUGAGGAUUUUGGGGCCCAUGAUGUAACAGAACUGGAUACUUGGGUUUUUGAUAAAGUUAAGGAAUUCUUUCAUGCUGCCAGAAACAACCAGUCUUUGUUUUCUAAGCUAAAUGAAGAAAAAAUAGUUUUUUUCUUACAUUUAUUAGGAAUAGAUACAAAUGGACAUGCUCACCGACCAUCAUCAAGGGACUAUAAGGACAAUAUCAAACUAGUGGAUGCAGGCGUAAGAGAAAUGGUGUCCGUUCUUGAACACUUUUAUGGAAACGACGGGAAAACAGCAUUUAUCUUUACCUCGGACCACGGAAUGACAGACUGGGGUGCCCAUGGGGCUGGUCAUCCUUCAGAGACUUUAACUCCAUUUGUCACUUGGGGAGCUGGAAUCAAGUAUCCCCAAAAAGUAUCAGCUCAGAAAUUUGAUGAUGUGUUUUUGAAAGAAUGGGAACUAGAGAGCUGGAAGAGGCACGAUGUCCGUCAGGCUGAUAUUGCACCGUUGAUGGCUUCCCUUAUUGGAGUUCCCUUUCCCCUUAAUUCAGUGGGCAUCCUUCCUAUAGAUUAUCUUAACAACACGGAUCUCUUCAAAGCAGAGAGCAUGUUUACAAAUGCAAUACAGAUUCUUGAACAAUUCAAGGUGAAAAUGACUCAGAAAAAAGAAGUUACUUUACCGUUUUUGUUUAUACCAUUUAAGUGGCUUCCUGAAUCUAAACAGCUAAACAUUUUAAGAAAAGCAAGAUCUUAUAUAAGACAGAGAAAGUAUGAUGAAGCAGUCUCCCUUUGCAAGGAGCUGAUUCAUCUCGCCCUGAAAGGAUUGUCCUAUUAUCACACUUACGACAGAUUCUUCUUGGGCAUCAAUGUUGUUCUUGGUUUUGUCGGAUGGACAUCCUACGCUUCUUUGUUGAUCAUCAAGUCUCAUUUUAACCUUACUAAGGGUGUUAAUCGAGAAGUUAAGAAGCCAAGCCACCUCCUGUCAUGUAGUUUUAUAGCUAUUGGUGUUUUUGUAGCAUUUUUCCUGCUGCUUCAAGGCUGCCCCUGGACUUACUACAUGUAUUGUCUGUUGCCAGUACCGAUAUGGUAUGCGGUUCUAAGAGAGUUUCAAGUUAUUCAAGACUUGGUCACUUUACUGCUGACCUUUCCUCCAAGUCAUUUUGUUGGAUACCUGUUAGUCUUUACCCUGGGAAUUGAAAUAUUAGUCCUCAGUUUCUUCUACCGCUACAUGCUCACAGCCGGACUGCUUGCGUUUGCGGGUUGGCCGUUUAUCACCCAGCUGUGGACUCGAGCAAAGAGCAUCUCACUGAGUUGGAGUUUCUUCUCUUUGCUCCUGGCAGUGUUCCCACUGAUGCCCGUUGUAGGACGAGAGCCAGAUAUCUUCCUAGUAAUGGGCGCAGGCUUGCUGGUUCUUCUGCCAUCCCUGUGUGUUUUAACAUCUCUCCUAAAAAGAAAAGACAGUUUUUUAAACGAAGAGCUAUUGUUACAUCUAUUUCAGAUGCUGUGCGUAGCGCUUUCUAUGUGCGUCAUGUACAGCACCCAUAGUAGCCUACUCAAGAAACAAGGACUGCCUCUUCUUAACCAGAUCGUUAGCUGGAUAAUAUUAGCCUCUUCCCUCGUCCUGCCGCUGCUGAGUCCCACGAGUCUCUUCGAGCGGCUGUUCAGCAUCCUUCUUUCCUCGAUGUCAGCCUACAUUCUGCUGAGCACAGGGUAUGAAGCUCUCUUUCCGUUAGUGUUGUCGUGUUUAAUGUUUGUCUGGAUAGAGAUGGAGCAAGAAACCCUGCAGCAGCACGGAGUUUCCCAUAAGCAGAAGGUCACGAGCGUCCAGUUCACCUGCAACACGGACAUAGCGCAGUUUCGACAGCUCUACCUGGAUGACCUCCGGAGGGCCUUUUUCCUUGUUUUCUUCUUAGUGACAGCAUUUUUUGGGACUGGGAACAUAGCUUCUCUUAACAGCUUUGAUCUUGCCUCCGUCUAUUGCUUUCUGACCGUGUUCAGUCCUUUUAUGAUGGGAGCCCUGAUGAUGUGGAAGAUCUUAAUCCCCUUUAUUCUCGUGAUGUGUGCUUUUGAAGCAGUUCAGCUAACUACCCAGUUAUCAUCAAAAAGCCUUUUUCUCAUGGUUCUCGUCAUAUCGGACAUUAUGGCUUUGCAUUUUUUCUUCUUGGUCAAGGAUUAUGGCAGCUGGCUUGAUAUUGGAACAAGCAUCAGCCACUACGUGAUUGUCAUGUCCAUGACCAUCGUUCUGGUGUUUCUCAAUGGCCUGGCCCACCUGCUCACGACCAAGAAACUCAAACUCUGUGGCAAACCCAAAAGCCACCUCAUAUGAUGUUGCCCAACCCAUCGUUCAACAUCUGGAUCCUGCUUCCCAGUCUCCUUUGACACUAAACUCUCAUCAAGGAUUCGAUAGGAAAGUGUGCAUUGAUAUGCAGCAUCUCCUGCUCCUACAGAGGAGAUUACCUGCGGAAUUUGAGUUUACAGUUUAUUUGGAAUAAAGGAGCUUCUAUUUUCUUGAGUUUCUGUACGUAUGAAAUAGUGGUUCUGACUGUGAAGAGCAUCAUAGACUUUCUCCAUGUUCAGUUUCUUCCUUUAGCUCCGCUCCUCUCGCUGGGCCUUCCGAGCACCCGCAGCGGUCGCUCAGCACCCGCAGCCGUGGGUCAGCACCCGCAGCGCCGCGGACACCUCCGAGAGUGCGCUCCCUGCGGCAGGCGCUGCGCGCAUCCUCCACCGGCGCAGGAGGCACCAUAAAUACUUAUCAGCGCUCAGCCCCGGGUUUGCAAGGAGUGAGAACGCUGGAAGGAGAAGAGAAUCGGGAUCUGUUUCUUACCGAAGCCUCAGUAGAAACAACGUUGGCAGGAGUUUGCCGUCUUCCUUCCGUGUGCGACACCACCGUCUCUUAGUACUGUUUCGGGGGCUUUCACAGCACCAGCCAGGCGCAGGUUGACCUUCGCUGCUUCCCCCGCCCCAUUUCUGGAUUCCCACUGAAAUUUCUGGAGAUAGAAAGGUUGAAAAUACUUGGUAUAUGUGUCUAAUUCAGGGAAAAAAAUUUUAAAGGAUUGAUUUUUAGUUGUAGACUCAGUAUCUGUUACCCCCAUAGCUUUUAACACGUAUGGUUUGAACAGAAUUCUUUAAGUCCAUGGUUAAACUUUCUGACAAUAUCAUAGGAAUCAGUGUUAAAAUUGCUUAUCUUUCUGGUUGAAAGAUUCUAGCCCAAAGGCCUAGAGUCAUCUCACUAAAUUUAAAUGUCCAUUUGUAAACUAAUUAUAAUGGACAAAAUAUCUUGAGAGUAAUUUUUAUUGGAUUUUUCAUAAAGUGACCUUUAUAUAUUCCAUUGAGUUGGCCUUUUGCCCAUCGUGUGGCAGGAGAUUUUGGCUCAUGCUAAGCUUUGCUAGUCUGAGCCCCAUUUUUUUUUUAAAUUGCUUUUGAAUUAAAUUGUAGCAUAACUAAUUCACAUUAAUGACAAAGAAGCCCUCUACAAAAUACUAUGUUUUUUAAAUUGGCAGGUGAGUGAACAAAUACAAUUUAGAAGAUUCAAAAAUCAGUUUGGCAAAACACACUUUCCUCAUUUCUGCUUACGAUGAAGUGUGGUACUAAUUCAUUUGGGAUAGUACUUCCUGGUGUGCCAGUGACAGCACUGUGUCCUACAAGAAGAGAAGGAGGUGUAGAUUUCAGCGUAGGACCACGUGUCUGCCGUCUCUCAUAUAAAAUCCUGCCGGACAACCGAGUGGCUGCUGUAACAGAUGACAGUUUUGGCGGAGAAAGUGCCCCUGACCUUUCACAUUGUCUCAGGACUUCUGGUCUUACCCUCCAUCUUUUCCCAGACUGCCACACAGAGGAAUGACUGAAUAUUUCAUUAGGGCACUGUAGAAGGCGCUCGGUAAUUUGCCUUUAUUUUGCUCUCCGAAGCACAUCUUGACGUUGUUCCGAGUCCCUGUGAGCUGACAAAGCCGGCAAAGCACUUGGAGCCUCAGCCUCACCUCGUCGCACUUUUAUCUGGACCCGUCAGACUCAUUUGGGAACAGAGUUUGCUAGACAGGCCUUUCCUGCUGUGCAUCUUAUCAAAGAUCUUAAAGUGUUUUGAAAUGCAUAUUUUUAUAUUGAAUAACAGAGAAAAAAUAAAUCUUAUUUAAAUGUA